AAAACGCACAAAACCGGCAAAAAGUCCCCACUUUCGCUUUCUUUUUUUCUCUCCCACUUUUCCUCCCCCUCCUCUUCUCUUUCCCCUCUCCAUCCCUCUCCCAAGGAGCAGUUGCACAUAGAACUUUUUGAUCUGAUCGAGAGCUCUCGGUCCUGGUCAUCUGUGUGCUCUUCUUCUUUUCUACUUGUUCAAGUUUUUUUUUGAAGAUCAACCGCCAUCAUGGUUAACUUCACUAUCGAAGAGAUCCGGUCUCUGAUGGACCGCCGGGCUAACAUCCGGAACAUGUCCGUCAUUGCUCACGUCGAUCACGGAAAGUCCACCCUCUCCGACUCCCUGGUCCAGCGUGCCGGUAUUAUCUCCGCUGCCAAGGCUGGUGAGGCCCGUUUCAUGGACACCCGUCCCGACGAGCAGGACCGUUGCAUUACCAUCAAGUCCACCGCCAUCUCCCUCUACGCCAAGUUCGCCGAUGAGGAGGAUCUCAAGGAGAUUCCCCAGGCUGUUGAUGGUAACGAGUUCCUGAUCAACUUGAUCGAUUCCCCCGGUCACGUUGAUUUCUCGUCUGAGGUCACUGCCGCUCUCCGUGUCACUGACGGUGCCCUGGUCGUCGUCGACUGUGUCUCCGGUGUCUGUGUCCAGACCGAGACUGUCCUCCGUCAGGCCCUGACCGAGCGUAUCAAGCCCGUUCUGGUCAUCAACAAGGUUGACCGUGCUCUUCUCGAGCUCCAGGUCUCCAAGGAGGAUCUCUACCAGUCCUUCUCCCGUACCAUCGAGUCCGUCAACGUCAUCAUCUCCACCUACUUCGAGAAGGCUCUCGGUGACGUCCAGGUCUACGCCGAGAAGGGUACCAUCGCUUUCGGUUCCGGUCUCCACGGCUGGGCUUUCACCGUCCGCCAGUUCGCUGUCAAGUACGCCAAGAAGUUCGGUGUUGACCGCAAGAAGAUGCUCGAGCGUCUGUGGGGCGACAACUACUUCAACCCCAAGACCAAGAAGUGGACCACCAAGGGUGAGCACGAGGGCAAGCCGCUCGAGCGUGCCUUCAACCAGUUCAUUCUGGACCCCAUCUUCAAGAUCUUCGCCGCUGUCAACCACAACAAGCGUGAUGAGAUCUUCACCCUCCUCGAGAAGCUCGAGGUUACUCUCGCCAACGACGAGAAGGAUCUCGAGGGCAAGGCCCUCCUCAAGCUCAUCAUGCGCAAGUUCCUGCCUGCCGCUGAUGCCCUUCUGGAGAUGAUCUGUAUCCACCUGCCCUCUCCCGUCACUGCCCAGAAGUACCGUGCCGAGACUCUGUACGAGGGUCCCCAGGACGACCGUGCCUGCAUUGGUAUCCGCGACUGUGACCCCACUGCCCCUCUGAUGCUUUACGUCUCCAAGAUGGUUCCCACUUCCGAUAAGGGUCGUUUCUACGCCUUCGGUCGUGUCUACGCCGGUACCGUCAAGUCCGGUAUCAAGGUCCGUAUCCAGGGUCCCAACUACGUCCCCGGAAAGAAGGAGGAUCUCUUCAUCAAGGCCAUCCAGCGUACCAUUCUCAUGAUGGGUCGCUUUGUUGAGCCCAUUGAGGACGUCCCCGCCGGUAACAUUGUCGGUCUGGUCGGUGUCGACCAGUUCCUGCUCAAGUCCGGUACUCUGACCACCGACGAGACCGCCCACAACCUGAAGGUUAUGAAGUUCUCCGUCUCCCCCGUUGUGCAGCGCUCCGUUGAGGUCAAGAACGCCCAGGAUCUGCCCAAGCUGGUUGAGGGUCUCAAGCGUCUUUCCAAGUCUGACCCCUGUGUCCUGACUUUCAUCUCCGAGUCCGGUGAGCACGUCGUUGCCGGUGCCGGUGAGCUGCACCUCGAGAUUUGUCUCAAGGAUCUCGAGGAGGACCACGCCGGUGUUCCUCUCCGUAUUUCCGACCCCGUCGUUCCUUACCGUGAGACCGUCACCGCUGAGUCCAGCAUGACUGCCCUGUCCAAGUCGCCCAACAAGCACAACCGUCUGUACCUCACCGCUCAGCCCCUUGACGAGGAGGUCGCCAAGGCCAUCGAGUCCGGCAAGAUCACCCCCGCUCGUGCCCGUGUCCUUGCUGACGAGUACGGCUGGGAUGUCACCGAUGCCCGUAAGAUUUGGUGCUUCGGUCCCGACACCAACGGUGCCAACUUGCUGGUUGACCAGACCAAGGCUGUUCAGUACCUGAACGAAAUCAAGGACUCCGUCAUCUCCGGAUUCCAGUGGGCCACCCGCGAGGGUCCCGUUGCUGAGGAGCCCAUGCGUUCCGUCCGCUUCAACGUCCUUGAUGUUACCCUCCACGCUGAUGCCAUUCACCGUGGUGGUGGUCAGAUCAUCCCCACCGCUCGUCGUGUCCUGUACGCCGCUACCAUGCUGGCUGACCCCAGUCUCCUCGAGCCCAUCUUCAACGUCGAGAUCCAGGUUCCCGAGCAGGCUAUGGGUGGUAUCUACGGUGUCCUCACCCGCCGUCGUGGUCACGUCUACACCGAGGAGCAGCGCCCCGGUACUCCUCUGUUCAACGUCCGCGCUUACCUGCCCGUCAACGAGUCCUUCGGUUUCUCCGCCGAUCUGCGCUCCGCCACCGGUGGUCAGGCCUUCCCCCAGUCCGUCUUCGACCACUGGGCUAUCCUGUCUGGCGGUUCUCCUCUGGACCCCACCACCAAGCCCGGUCAGAUCGUCACCGAGAUGCGCAAGCGCAAGGGUCUCAAGGAGGUCGUCCCCGGCUACGAAAACUACUACGACAAGCUGUAAAAAUGGUCACGGACAACCAGAAUUGCGUCUCUGCCAGUCAUUCGUGGAAACUUUUAUGAGAAUGAUGAAUUCAAUACAAUUUCUCCAGUUCAACAAAAUUUUACCCCAUCGUUCUUCGUUACUCGCUUCGACCGUUGUGUCUAGAAGGCUGGCCUUGAGUUGGCGACUCUCCGGUGCUUAGCUUUUGCGUCUUUGCUUUAUUUGCUUCAGGACUAUAUUUUGCUUUUGUUUCUUUGCUGAGUCUAGCUGCCAGUUUCGCUAUGAAAAUAAAUUGGUAUGCUAGACACGGUUUUGUCGUAAUAUUUGAAUUAGUGUAGGGAG